GGAGGGAGUCGAGCUUUAAAACAGCGCAACGGCCAGAGCAGACACACGGAGGCUGGGAGAGUCGCAAAAGAUCCUCUGAGAGAGACAGCGCUCACACACACACACACACACACACACACACACACACAUACACACACUCUCACUGAGCUGCUGAGUGCCAAGGGCUCCACAGAGCUGUUUUUGCACCAGAGUUGAUUUUUCAUCAGGGUUUUUCAAAACUUCUGUAUCUCCAGGACUGAAAUCUGAAGUAGUUCUCCUGCCACGUGAAACUUUUCUCAGCAUCAGCAGGACUCUUUCUGGGGGAGCAACUUUGUUUUGUUUAUUGGAGUGGAUUUAAGAGGUUGAAGAGUUUGGGGCUGAGAGGGAGAAGCUACUGACUGUUGGCUGUAGCAUCCAGAGGCUGAGUCCCUGGGCGUAGAGGUGACCGGAACGUGGAGUGGAAGGUCAGUGAGAGUCUGGUGAUGGACGCCGGUCCUUUAGCCACGGUGGGUGAGGGUGUCGGCGGCAACGGUGCAGGCGACGGGGAGACAGUGUGCGGGGCAUUGGCCCGCUACGAGAGCACACUGCGUGAUGCUGUGCGAGAGAUCCACGUGGACGUGAGCGCCUUCAAGCUUGGCGUGGAGCGGCGUCUGGAGGAGGCACUGCAUGUCAGCGGGCCCUUGGGUCGCGCUGUGGCCCAGCUCCAGCAGGAGAACCGCCAGCUACGCAGCCAACUGGAGGCCCUCACCCGGCAGGUGGAGAUGCUGACGGGCAGUGCCUGUGACCGCAGCGCCCUCAUGGGCUCCGGCAGCCCCCAGCUCCAGCAGACCGCCAGCAACAGCGUUGGGACCGGUCAGCACCAGAGACCCAGGGUGGGCAGCGGCAGCUCCCAGAGUCCCCCGGCUCCCUCCUCCCCGUCCGUAGGGGCCAUGGGCUCAGCCAGCGGCUUGGCCUCCAGCCCCACCACCGUGCGCUUCUCCAGCCGGGCCACCUUUGCAGUGUCCAGCAAGACCAACAGCAUUGAGCGAGAGGAACCCAUAGAGGUAGACCCAGCCCCAGCGACUGCAGGGUUGGAAAAUGGACACACACCAAUGUCAGAGACCAGUCCGGUGGCACAGAGGGAGAGUCCCCCACCUGCCCGUGAGCGCGUAGCUCCAGGAAACAUGGCCAUGCCUCACCUGCCCAUCACAGCCACCACCAAGACCGCCGACACCUCCGGAGCCUCCGUCAUGAAGAGCCCUGACUCCCCCGGCAGUCCCAUGCGGACGAUGCCCCCCGCCAUUACAGAUCUGCAGCCUCCCAGUGACCGGGCUGCCAUAGACAAUCAGCCACAAGGAAUGAUGGACUCACCAGUGCACCAAGCACCCACUGUGAAGACGUGGAGUCCUAGUCCAGUUAGAACAAUGGGGUCCCCUCGGUUGUCUGAAAGAACAGCCUCAGCACCUGCAAAGUCAGUGACAUAUUCAGGACUUGUCCAACACAAUACAGACAGAGGUCUGGAUGGAAAUGGGGACAGUCCCUUUGGCCGAGGCCCUGAGCGGAGGCGCGAGCUUGUGAGGUCACAGACACUGCCACGGAACAUUGGCGCCCAAGCGCGCCGCUCAAUCUUCGAGCGGCUCGACUCUGAGAAUAACAGCCGGCCCAAGCCUCUUGACUCGAAGCCCAAACUGAAGCGCUCUCAGAGCUUCGGCGUGUCCAGUGCCAGCAGCAUCAAGCAGAUUCUGUUGGAGUGGUGCCGCUCCAAAACCAUCGGAUACCAGAACAUUGAUAUCCAAAACUUCUCAUCCAGCUGGAGUGAUGGCAUGGCCUUCUGUGCCCUUGUGCACUCCUUCUUCCCCACUGAGUUUGACUACAAUGUGCUGACACCUGCUGAUCGCAAACACAACUUUGAGAUGGCAUUCGGCAUUGCAGAGGAGAAGGCCGGCUGUGAUCGUCUCAUUGAGGUGGAGGACAUGAUGGUGAUGGGCCGCAAGCCAGACCCCAUGUGCGUCUUCACAUACGUCCAGUCCCUCUACAAUCACUUGCGCAAGUUCGAGUGAACUCACCGACCUGUUCGUAGUCAGUCUUUCACUGGUGAUUUGGACAUUCAGCGGAGACCUAAAGAGCAGCAUUGCCCCCUUGUGGAUCAUACUGUGCCUUACCACAGAUUAUGGACAUAAAAGCAGCGGUCCUCUGCAGGUGGAAGAUUUAGAUAUUGAUGAGGUGGAGACUGUCAGAGUGCCCAGUGAUGGCACGUUGUUGCAAACACACUGCCAUGGAGAGCUUGUCUUGCUGCAAAUUGUUUUUAACGUUGGUGCUCAUAAGAUUAUCUUGUACAGUAGCCUAGAUAUGUUUCGUUUUUCUUUUAAAGCUCAUAAUUAUCACUUUUUUAUUCUUCGUUUGAAUGUUUUUAUUUAUCUCUAGUAGGCUACUGUUUGUCAUCAUGUGUGGUAUGGUCUCUGGCACCAGCAUGUGUUCAAGUUUCAAACUAAGAAUCCACAGUUGAUAUAAACCCCCAAGUCAACCUUCCUCCACAGUGACUUGAGGUGUGAGGAGUGAGGAGUGAACAACUGUGGAGAGGGGAGAGUAAAAAGUGAUGUUUUAUUCUCAUUAUUUUGGUGAAUUUACGAAUGAAAUGAAAAGAUUUAAAUAAAUUCACUAGUUUCACACCAUUUAA